AUGGCGUCGGUCAGGUCGUGUGUGUCCGUGAAGUCCGCCGUGAGCCCGGUCAGUUACAGAUCCACGAGGGCCGCCGGGGCAGCCGGCGUCUCGGGAACGCUGCGCGUACGUUCCCCGUCCCUGGCGCUCGGCGUCGACGGUGGCUGCGCCAGCAGCAGCGGGAGGGGCAGCGUCGUCAUCAGUGGUGGCGGCGGUCUCGGCUUGCUCGGCGGCGAUGGACCGAGGAUCAUCAGGCGGGGCGGCGGGCGGGAGGUCCUCGCCAUGUGCAGCGCGAGCUUCGACGGGGUCCGCCCCGCCGCCGGCGCCGCCGCCGUGGCCAGCAGCGCCGUUCAGCCCGUGCCGGCGGCGUUCCCCGAGCGCGCCAAGGUGGUGGCGCUGGUGGCGGCCAUCAUGCUGCUCUGCAACGCCGACCGAGUCGUCAUGUCCGUCGCCGUCGUGCCGCUCUCCGCGCAGUACGGAUGGUCCAGCUCCUUCGUCGGCAUCGUCCAGUCAUCAUUUUUAUGGGGAUAUGUUUUCUCAUCCAUGGUUGGAGGAGCUUUGGCAGACAAAUAUGGCGGGAAGAAGGUGAUGGCAGGUGCUGCUGCACUCUGGUCCUUGGCUACAAUUCUCACUCCUUGGGCCGCCUCCCGCUCCACCAUCAUGUUGCUUGCUGUACGUGCACUCUUUGGCCUUGCAGAAGGUGUUGCAUUUCCGACAAUGAGCACCUUCUUACCAAAGUGGUUCCCAACACAUGAGCGUGCCACUGCUGUUGGCAUUUCCAUGGGUGGAUUCCAUCUUGGAAAUGUCAUAAGCUUCCUAGCAACACCGAUCAUCAUGCCAUACAUAGGCCUCUCGGGAACAUUUGUCUUCUUCGCAUCACUUGGUUACUUGUGGCUCUCUGUAUGGAUGUUAAAUGUAGAAAGCGAUCCUCUUGACAGCCGUACUAUAAGCAAGUCUGAGCUGCAACUAAUUCUAGCUGGAAGAACUGGAUCUAAAGUCCAAGGCAGUAAAUUCCCAUCCCUAAGGGAAUUGUUCUCAAAGACUGAAUUCUUGGCCAUCACUUUGGCCAAUGUGGUCAACAACUGGGGCUAUUUUGUCCUAUUGUCGUGGAUGCCUGUUUACUUCAAAACGGUUUAUAACGUCAAUCUAAAACAAGCAGCAUGGUUCAGCGCCAUACCUUGGGCAGUCAUGGCUAUGUCCGGUUAUGUUGCAGGAGCCUCUGCAGAUUUCCUGAUCAAAUCUGGUUUCUCUAUUGGUCCAGUUCGGAAAAUUAUGCAGUCCAUUGGUUUUAUGGGGCCUUGCGUGUCAUUGCUAUGCUUAAGGUUUGCCCAAACUCCAUCAGUUGCUGCAGUUCUCAUGACCAUUGCCCUGAGCUUGAGUUCUUUUAGCCAAGCCGGAUACUUUUGCAAUAUACAGGACAUUGCUCCCAAAUACGCUGGAUCCUUGCACGGGAUGACGAACGGCAUAGGGACGGUGGCUGCCAUAGUUAGCACCAUCGGGACCGGCUACUUCGUCCAGUGGCUAGGGUCCUUCCAGGCCUUCCUCACCCUCACGGCGGCGCUCUACUUCAGCGCCACCGUCUUCUACAACAUCUACGCAACCGGCGACCUGAUUUUUGAUUGA